AUGGACAACGGGAUGGUCGUCUCACAGGUCGCCGUGAAUCAGGAACAGCCACUCGAUCGCGAGAAGCUUUGCCCAAUGCUGCUUCGCGUAUUCUGCGCCAACAAUCGCCACAAUCCGCUCAGCGAGUACAAUAAUCGAAACGGUGGCUCGGUUCCAGCCAAUGAGCUGCAAAUGUAUACUUGGAUGGACUGUUCACUUCGAGAGCUGACUAGUUUAAUAAAGGAGGUUAAUCCCGAUGCUCGUCGGAAGGGAACGACGUUCGAGUUUUCGAUUGUCUCGCCGGACAGGAAUUCGACGAGAUUUAUUUCGAGGGACAUCGGAAAUACGAUGAAUGGCCAACGAGGAAUCGAUGACUCAAAAACGCUUCAACAAUGCAAAUUCGAGGUCGGUGAUUACAUCGACGUCGCCAUUACAAUGCCGGGAAUGAACCGCUUCCGUGAUCGCUUCGAGCGCUCAGAUCGCUUCACCAGGCGAGUCUCGCUGGUUCCGAAAUAUUUGUUGAAUCCAAAGUUGAGCGAGGAGAAUAUUGCAUAUUUGGCAAGUGCUUUGAACGAAGAAUUGAAGGAGUAUCGACCAAUUAUUAGAAAUUCGACAUUAUUUCUCGAUGAAUGCACAUCGGACGACGAUGACGUGGAUUUUCCGAAAUUUCUAUGCGGCGUCGUCUAUUUGAUGCAAACGAAACCAAAUUCGGAGAUUUCGGCAUUUGAAAAGCUAUUCGAAAACCGCCUAGAAGCUCUGAAAUAUUUGCAAUCACUUUCCGAAAAGGACCAUCUGUGCUCAUACAUGAACGGAACCGAAGUGACCGCGGUGAUUCCCGGCCGAAUCUACUACGGCUGCCUGCCAAGUCCAACGACUCUUGCCGAGCAGCCAAAUUUAAACAUCGAGUUCCACUUCAUCUUCCUAAUCGACCAUCCAUUCCCACCAAUCGAUCAAUGCUUCUCAAAAUUCAACCGUUGCACUCUCAACAACCAUUACGUCGACUUCAUGCUCGCCAUUGAGCACCACCAAUGUUGCUGCCAAUUCGAUAUUUGCGCCACACUGAUCAUCAAUCAACCGCUUCCCGUUAUCAUGUCCACCAUCGAUUUUCACAACGAUAAUUAUUAA